AUACACGGAUGGCACGCCCCUUCAAUACGGCCCAUGUAUACAAUCAACCCUAACUAACGCCAAUCACCGUAAAUGACAGCUGUCCGUCCAUUCAAGCCAGUCCCAACAAUAGCGAUUCACGUAUUGUUCUCCGUGUCAGUCAGCUGAAUAACAAUACAGGUGUUUUUCGCACCUUUUGUAAAGAAACAGAGAAGGUACUCAAAACAUGAUUUAGUGUAGUUGUGAUUCGCAAACCAUUCAACCGGCGUACGGGUGAAUGAUAGACUAUCGGCUCGAAUUCUCUCGAUUCGCCAGUUGAGCUUUGAUUCUCAGACAACUCUCGUCACUUAAGUUAUCAACAGAACAACCCACUGGAAUUACCUUUAGCUGUUGUGCAGUUUUACGAUCAGCAGCUCGUAACGAAAAGGUCAUUCCGUCAAGUUUACGGCCAUAAAUUGGACAAAACGAACAGAGGUUCUGGAAUGUAGUGCUUGACCCGAUACGAACUUUUCGUCUUUAUUGUAAAAAUUCUUCAAGAUUUUUUUUGGGUUUAUCAUACAUCCAUCCAGAAACAAAUAGUUAUUGGACCUGAUGCGCAAUUGAGGAACUUGCAAGCUGUAGACUGAAAAGCUCCAUGCAAACACUGCAGUUGUAAACAAACAUCCCUGAGGAAUAUCUAUUUCUACAUAUUCAUAAUUAUUCUUUCCUCGUCUGAGCUAACUCAGUUUUUUCCCCCGUCAAGAAUUUAUCGCGUCUUGUGUUCAACCUAAGUCAUCCAACAUCCAUAACCAGAGAUGGUUCGUGUUCUGGAUACUGCCACGCUCUGCAUCUUCGCGCUCCUCGCAGUGGUCAUUGAUGACGGCGAUGCGUACAUGUGGAAUUGGAUGUGGAGUGGAUCUGCUACACAAGGUCGAGCUCCUCCGGGUAUGAUCGAGGACGGCGACGGACCCGUCGUCAACGGCGACCUCGACAUCAGCCAUCCUAAAAACAUCCAAGGUCGACUUCUUGUCAACGAAACAGAAGCUCGGUAUUAUGAGGACCUCCCUUGCGACAGCGACAAGAAAUGCGGCCGUGGCCGUUUCUGUGACCUGCAUUACGGUGGAUGUCAUCGACAUCGACGACCGGGACAUCUCUGCAGACGAGACGGACAUUGCCAGAAAGGAUACGAUUGUAUGUUUGGAACUUGCAGCGAAACCAUUCCAGAAAGAACGCUAGGGGCGCGAUGCAGGAACGAAAAGGAUUGCGGUAGCAACAUGUGUUGUGCGAAGCAGCACGGUGAGUCGGUGUGCAAGCAGAAACUCCCCCUUCAGGCGAAAUGUUACAUCCCACCAGGCGGUAUGGAAUACGUCAUCGAUUCGAUGUGCCCGUGUGAGGAUGGACUCGUGUGCAGCGAAACGGUUGUCAUGGAAAGAAGAGAGCAAGAGUUCGUUCUUCGCUUUUGGACGGACCGAGGUCAUAUGCGAUGUCAAGCCCGGUGAAAGUUAUUCGAAUAACCACUAAACCUGUGCUAUACAUUCUUGCUCAAGACGUACUGUGUGCUGCUCGUCUGCUUCCGAAGGUUUCCGAGUUCCUCCGAUAGUUGCCGAUUGCAACAAAAUGUCUUCCGAUAUCAGUCGGAAGCUCGUCAUGGAUAGAAAUGCUGCGUCAAGAUUUCCGGCAGCCGCCAAAGCGACCGUGACGGAGCGCGACAUUUUCUACGAAAUCCAGCAUAGUUAUUCAUCCAUUCUUAAUUUGAUUGAGAUGGUUAUAUGUAUAUUUCUGUCUGUGUAAGAUAUAAACGUUUGAGCUCUAUUUCAAAUAGAAUUUACAAUAUAAUCUUUAAAACGUUUGAUAUAUAAAUUAUAUUUUGUGAAUUACUACAUGUGAUAGUGUGAAUUGAAUUAUCAAACUACGUAGGUUAUGUUGAUCCUAGUACGCAGAUCAUUCUACCAAAAAUACCACCUCAUUAUCGGAUUUAUAUUUCACAAUUAUAAACUGAAACUACCGUGACUACACAUAGAAUGAAAGAAGAAUAAAUACUAGAAAGUUAUGCGAACUUUUCGUCUAAUUACUCAUAUAUUACUAUGACCAAGACGAAUGGAUUUCUUCAAGUACAAUUUGUUUUAUUAAUACAAAUGCAAUUUUUGAUUAUUAAAUGAGGAUCAGGGUGCUUGUCGGGUGGUAUGUUCGUUUUAAAGACGUACAUAAUCAAAUAAGUUUUUUUUCUGUUCACUACUUAACCUACAAUGACCUUAUUAUGUCAUGUCAUAAUCUCUUUAGAAUGAUUGAUUAAAAAUUAUAAAUUUGAUUAAGUUCAGCGGGACCUUUAUUCCGUUAUAUAAACCAUUAAUAUACGACAAAAUCAACGACAGUUCUAUAUGCAACUUAUAGAUCAAAAUAUCAGUCAAUGUUCAACGAUCAGAAGUGCUCAUUUACAUGUUAUAUAGCCUUGCGUUUGAUGUUAUACAAUUGUCGCGUGUCGUUGAUGGCAUCGGUAAGACAUACACACGCGAGCUUCCUUUCAUAUAAUAAUUAUUAAUGCUUUAUUAAAUUUGCAUCGAUUGGGUAAAAUGACAAUGAUUGAAUAUACCGAUGCUAUUUCCAUAUAUGGAUCUGAUGAGUGUUGCAUUAUGAUGAAUGUAAUAAAAAAACAGAUAUGUAAA